GGGUUUACUCUGCAAAACAUUGUUUUUUUAAAUUAAAUUUCGCUCAUUUGCCUCUUUUGGAACGCGUCAGCUGAGGUACGUCAUCGAACUCCAGUAGAAGGAAAACGGGACACCCAGAUUCAUUCUAUUUUGCCUUCCAAUGCCACGACAACAGAAUCCUUUUCCUGGCAUUGCUUACGUUGCUGUGUCUUACACUUUGGGCAUACGUGUUGAGGCAACCAGCAUAUGGCCGCAGUAUGUGUCUUUGUCUGACGAGUGCCAUGUUCCCGCCUCGAAGUGCGUCGGAUGCGGAUUUUUGUUCGGCUCAUAUAUUCAAACAGUUGAACCUGUUCCCAAUCGAUAAUUGCAGCUAGCUAGAGACCCGACGACAAAAUGGCAGAAGAAGUUUUGGUACCCCUCAACGAUGCCCCUGGCACCUUGAGCCGCAAGAGCUCCUUUGGAUCCGACAAGGACGUUGGUCUUGAACACAAAGGAGACCACGACACUGUGGAGUACCGUCUUCAUGCUGUUCACGGCGAAGACUCCGACAAGCGUGUCUCCCUCUGGCACGAUAUCAGUCUGGUCCACAUUGACCACACCACAAAGAAGAGCACCAACUGCUUUAACUUUGUCUGCGAAAUCCCCAAGUUCACAAGGAAAAAGUUCGAAAUUGCCACUGAUGAGGAAGGAACUCCCAUCAAGCAGGACACCAAAAAAGGAAAGCUCCGUGAAUUCAAAAAGGGAGAUAUUUUCUUCAACUACGGCUGCUUCCCUCAGACUUGGGAAGAUCCCACCUUUAUCCACCCUGAUGCAGACGGAUGCAGAGGCGACAAUGAUCCUCUUGAUGUCUGUGAGAUUGGAGCGAGGAUUGUCCCAUGCGGUGGUAUCCGCCCUGUGAAGAUUCUUGGAAUCCUUUGUAUGAUUGACGAAGGUGAAUGUGACUGGAAGGUCGUUGUUAUCGACGCCGAAGAUAAGUGGGCCCCUUUCCUCAAUGAUAUUGACGAUGUGGAACGGGAAAUGCCAGGUAUGCUUGGCGCCAUCCGAGAAUGGUACCGUACCUACAAGAUCCCCGACGGAAAACCACCAAAUGUGUUUGGAUUACAGGAACGUUUCAUGGACAAAGAAUACACCAUGGCUGUCAUCAAAGAGUGCCACCAAGCCUGGGAAGAGCUCGUCAGUGGUGAAAAGGAACGAACUCUUGAUGGACACGACGACGAGGUAAAGAACCUGGUCCGAAAUCUCUCCAAGGGAAGUCUGUUUGCCCUCAUGGAAAACGUCGAUGAGCAUCCAGAGUAUGGUCGUCCUGAUGACUUCGAGACCCAUUCUGCAGAGGAUGGCAUUUUCUUCUAAGAAAAAAGGAGUGACACAACAAGCAGUGUAUAUCUCACUGUCCAUCGUGGAUGGUCUGGACUGGGACUGAAUCGCAGUGCCUAUUAGAUGUUUGUUAAUAGUUCAACUUAGUGUAUGUUUUUCUCUUC